AUGGUUUCAACUUGUAAGUCAAGAACUGUACCUGAUCAACUUCGCAAACGUGAUGGGAAAGUUCAAGGAACUGCAAAAUUAGAUGUAGGCUGUACAAGUCAAAUCAUUUUGAGGAAAACUGAGUCAGGUGAACUUAACGCUGAAUAUUUUAAAGAUCAUUAUGGGCAUACUUUUGAUUUGAAGCAUAUUCAUCAUAUUCAUCUCUCAACAAAUUUUCGUAGAAAUGUAGCAUCCAAGCUAAUAAUGGGUGUUACACCUCAACAUGUAUUAUCUUCAGCCAGACAACAGAUUGGACCUUCAUUAAAAAGAGAUGAUCUGAUAACUAUGAAAGAUAUCGGCAAUAUAAAAACAUCUUUCAAUAUUUCCCUGAAAGAUGGUCAAAGACACAAAAAUGAUAUGGCAAGUGUGGAUUUAUAUGUUAGUGAAUGUGAACAUUUAGGGGAACAUAAUCCUAUACUUUUCUACAAAAAACAAGGUGAAUAUAUGGACAGAUUUGAACAAAAUGAUGUUUGUCUUAUUAUUAUGAACUCGGUUCAAAAAGAGUUAUUUAAAAAAUUUGUGGGAAACAUAGUGUGUGUAGAUGGGACCCACGGAUUAAACUCUUAUGAUUUUGAAAUGACUACAAUUCUCGUGCUGGAUGAAUUUCGAGAGGGGUUUCCAGUGGCCUUCUUAUUUUCCAAUAGGAAAGACCAACAUGUUUACGAAGUGUUCUUUAAGCAUGUAAAAAAUGCUGUAGGUAUGGAACAAGUAAAUAUAAACACUUUUAUGACAGAUAUCACAAAUGUAUAUUAUACUGCCUGGGUAUCAGUUAUGGGUUCAGUUUCGCUCCACCUGUACUGUUCUUGGCACAUUGACAGAGCCUGGCAACAGAAUUUAGGAAAAGUUAAAUCAACAGAAGAAAAGAAUUGGGUUUACAAAACGUUAAAAUAUAUACAAACCUUACCAAAUGAGAUUGAUUUUGAAACACAAUACUUUUCAUUUCUUACCAAAUUGUCAUCAAAAGAUUCUACACAACAAAUGUACAAUUACCUAAAAACUUACUAUUGGGAUAACAGGAAACAAUGGGCUUACUGUUACCGCAAAAACAGAGGCAUUAAUACGAAUAUGUUUUUGGAAAGCAUGCAUAAGGUAAUAAAAUAUGAAUACUUGGAUGGCAAAAAGGUAAAAAGACUUGAUAAGACUUUGCACGCUCUUCAAAAAUUUAUUACAGAUAAAACCGUGAGUAGGCUCAUUAAAUUAACAAAAGGUCACACGUCAAAGCAACUCACUGAGAUUAAAAAAAAACAUAAAAUUGCUGAAUGUAGAGAGUUUGAAGUGUCUAGGGAUGGUAAUUGUUACAUAUUUCAUAAAGUAAAAGAUGAGCCUCGCUACUUAGUACAGAGAAAAAAUAAUGAAAACGAAUGUUGUGAACUAAAAUGUUCAUCCUGUAAUAUUUGUUGGCACGCAUUUGAAUGCACAUGCCCUGAUUACCAAAUAAAAAAUAUGAUAUGUAAACACAUUCACUUUGUCUGCUUUAAAAAACUUGGACACUCCUUGCCAAUUUCAAGCUUCUUGUCAAAAGAAGAGCCGAGAGAAGAACAAUCUGAAGAACUCAGUAUGCUCGUUAAAAAUAUUAACAGUUCUUCAUGAACAUUGU